CUUUGGAGCGUUACAUUUUUUUCCUGUCCUAAAUGAGAUCACACAACAUCUGUCGAUGGCCACAACUGAAGCAAGUCCUGAGUUGUGAGUCAGAAGAAGAGGAGAGGCUUGGCUGAUGACAAGCAUGAGCCAAACCACAGAUGCAUGCACGAACAAAAGGCCCAACUGAGCGCCAUCCCCUCUGCUUCCUGGCUUUGAACCAGCCACUCAGAGGGGGUGUGGCCACGGGGCUUAGCUAGUCUCCUUCACCUCCAACCAGCCCCUCACUGUGAGACUGGGGGCCCCUGAUGGAUCAGGGUAGUAGUGAGCAGAGUCCAGAGGAGCCGGACACAGGAGGCCGAGUAGAGCCAGAAGUCGGCAGGAGGGCGUCGGAGUCAGAGCACGGCUUGUCCAAAAUCACCCACAAUGCCCUGGAGAACAUGGGAGCGUUGGGCCAUGGCCUGAAGCAGUUGUUCCAGCCACAGCGCCGACGCUCCUCCGUUUCCCCACAUGACUCCGCCUCGUCCUCCACAGGCGCCCCUGCCCCUGAGCCCCUCGAUGUAGGGUCAGAGGUAGGGGAAGUCCCUACCUCCUUGGCCCUCCUCUCAGAUUCUGACAAUCCUGCCACUUCCGCCCCUCCCGCAGCUCUGAGCCGUGUUCUGCAGCAGAUCCGCGGUGCCCCUCCAAUGAUGAAGCGAGGGACCAGCCUGCAGAGCCGCCGCAGCAAGGCGGGGGGAGGCGGGGAUCCCCCCCAGAAAGGUAGCCCCCAGAUCCACCGUCGCAGUACGCAUGAGGCCCUGUUGCAAGCCGGACGCCCACGUUCCUCCUCCACGACUGACACACCCAGCAGCCCAGCCCUGGCAGACAUGCUGCUGACCUCUGGUUAUCACUCCACUGAGGAGCCUGACAAGUUGGACCGUUGUGAUGGAUCAGGCCCUGCCGUGUCACCCAACGCCCUCUCCUACAGCACAGACGGGUACGGGGUGGAUGUAGUGGACAAUACCCCGGACCCCCAGCGAACCAAGCAGGCCAUCGCCCAACUGCAGCAGAAGAUCCUUAAGCUCACGGAACAGAUCAAGAUCGAGCAGACCGCGAGCGAUGACAAUGUGGCAGAGUACCUGAAACUGGCGAACAAUGCAGACAAACAGCAGAGCGCCCGCAUCAAGCAGGUGUUUGAGAAGAAGAACCAGAAGUCAGCGCAGACCAUCCAGCAACUGCAGAGGAAACUGGAGCACUACCACCGAAAGCUACGCGAGGUGGAGCACAACGGCAUCCCACGCCAGCCUAAAGACGUUUUCCGGGACAUGCACCAAGGGCUCAAAGAUGUUGGAGCCAAGGUGUCAGGUGGUCUGUCAAGCAUCUCUCAAGCCACUCAUUCUGCGGCUGGAGCUGUGGUGUCCAAGCCCAGAGAAAUUGCCUCCCUGAUCCGCAACAAGUUUGGCAGCGCUGAUAAUAUUGCAGCUCUCAAAGACUCCCUGGAUGAGACCCAGGGAGAUGAAGGGGUAGGCCCAGGGGGAGCUAGGAGCCUUGGGGGAGGACAGCUUCAGUCUAGCCCUAAGUAUGGAAGUGAGGAUGACUGCUCUAGUGCCACAUCUGGCUCUGCAGGGGCCAACAGCACUACUGGAGCCCCUGGAGGCCCCCCGAGCUCCAAGGGCAAUACCCUCGAGCAUGCUCAUGGCUCAGGCUUUGAUACUCUACUCCAUGAGAUCCAAGAGCUCCGGGACAACCAGGGCCGAUUAGAACAGUCCUUUGAGAAUCUAAAAGCCCACUAUCAGCGGGACUACACUAUGAUCAUGGAAGCCCUACAAGAGGAGAGAUUCAGGUGUGAACGUUUAGAAGAACAACUCAAUGACUUAACAGAGCUGCACCAAAAUGAAAUCCUCAACUUGAAACAGGAACUAGCUAGCAUGGAGGAGAAGAUUGCUUACCAGUCUUACGAAAGAGCUAGAGACAUCCAGGAGGCGCUGGAAGCGUGUCAGACACGCAUAUCCAAGAUGGAGCUACAGCAGCAGCAACAACAGGUGGUGCAGCUUGAGGGCUUGGAAAAUGCAACAGCACGGACUCUCCUGGGCAAACUCAUCAAUGUGCUGCUAGCUGUUAUGGCUGUUCUUUUAGUGUUUGUCUCCACAGUGGCCAACUGUGUUGUCCCCUUGAUGAAGACCCGCAGCCGCACGCUUUCUACGCUACUUCUUGUAAUCCUGCUUGCCUUCCUCUGGAGAAACUGGGAGGUGAUUUCACAAUACCUGGACCGAUUGUUUCUACACCCUAGAUGACCUGCUUGGAGUGGCUCUGUGAAAAGAUGGAGGGAUAGAGGGGUGAAGCCAAUGUGAAGGAAGGGAAGGAACCCAUACAGAGGGGUUGAAUCUCAGGGGUCCUGUCUGCUUUCUUGUUCUUCCUCUGCACCAUCCAUUUCAAAAGGUUUAAUGGGAGCUAAUCGGAGGUUCGGGAGCCUUACAUUUUCUGAGAUCUGGUUUGAGAAGAAUGAGAGGGCGGAGACUAAUGGGAAUCAAGGCUGGACAUUUGGGAUUCAUUUGCUACCUUCAGUGCAAUUGUGGUACAAGCACACAAGGGUAGGGCAUAGUUGAAGGAGGGGCUGAGAGAACUGCACACUUAAUUUCUCUCUUCUGGGUGAAUUUGUUUACAUGUGGAGAACUUACCUUGUUUCCUCGCAAGGGAAAUUGUAAUCCAGCGAUUUAUUGUUUUAGAGUUAAUUCAAGUGUUAUCUUAUUGAUGUCACCGCUAUUAUUAAUGCAGUUAAAUGAUGGCUUUCUCUCUCCUUUGCUGAGGUUUAAGUGGUAAUAAGCUCACACUUUUUCCCCCCUCAUUGGCCUCUCUUCCUGCGAGUUCUUUUUCUAAUCUCGUCAUUUUGAUAUUAAGCCAGUCCAGUCUCUCUGUCCUCUUAACUCAGUUUUCUUGGGUUUCACCUCGUUUCGACAACUCUUCCCACUUUCCGCUCAUCACACUGUGAGAAAUGAGACGCUUGCAGAUCAACUACACUGCUAGUGAAUCUGACUUACUCAUCACUGGAUUCAUUAGUUGUGGGUUUCCUACCUUGUACCUUUUGGAUGCGAAGAGUCAGCAACACUGGUUCUGCUACCAGGAUACGAAACAGAGAUAAUUUGGUUUGAAGGUGCCACCUUGCACUUUGAGCCAAUGGCCCUGAGCCCAAUUGUCCUGAUGGCCACGCCACUGCAGAAGAAUAACUAACCUAUGAACUGAACGAACAUACUUGAAGAGCGCUACAAAUGCUCCGAGACUCAGUGCUUCCGUACUGUUUCUAUUAGUGACAAUGAAAUGGUAAUACUUUUUAGUUGAUUUUUUUAUUUUUUAAAGACAAAUAAAC